AUGGCUCAUCACGAAGAUGGAAAGGAAGUUGUCGACGAGGGCUUGGACAUCUCAACGCACCGCCCGUUUUCUACCGUCAUGGAAGAUGAUGAGAGGAGUAAAUCACCAAUAGAGAGAGACCCACGCGAAACACACUCGAGAGAUUCCGACAAUGACGCCAGCACUUUCCCCUCGGCUCUGAGUCGCACCAAUACAUACGACGAAGAAUCAAUGGAGCAAGAGGACAAGACCGAGCUCAAACGAAUUGCAACUGCGCUUUCUCGCCGGCAAUCCCAAGUUGCAGCGCCUGCUCGCCGUCAAUCAACGGGUCUUGGCACUGUUGACGAGUAUGAUGCCACUCUUGAUCCUGACCGUCGCGAAUUCGAUCUUUCGAAAUGGUUGCUUCGAUUCAUCCGCGAACUCAACGAAAAGGGUCUCGCAGACCGGCAAAUAGGUGUCUCGUUUCGAAACCUUGACGUUUUCGGUUCUGGUAGUGCAAUUCAGCUUCAAAAUACUGUAGGCUCUGUUCUCACCGCACCACUGAGGCUUGGAGAGUUCUUUAGCUUUGGCAAAAAGGAGCCAAAGCAUAUUCUUCACAACUUCAAUGGACUCGUUAAGAGUGGAGAGCUCUUAGUUGUACUGGGACGCCCAGGUUCUGGCUGUAGCACGCUCCUGAAAUCGAUUUGUGGCGAGUUACAUGGUCUGAACAUUGGAGAGAAGUCGGCCAUCAGCUACAACGGCAUCCCGCAAAAGCAGAUGAAGAAGGAAUUCAGAGGUGAAGCAAUUUACAAUCAAGAGGUCGACAGACACUUUCCUCACCUUACUGUUGGGCAGACCCUUGAAUUCGCCGCCUCAGUUCGAACGCCAUCCCACCGAGCCCAUAACAUGCCUCGCGCUGAAUACUGUCGCUAUAUCGCCAAAGUAGUCAUGGCGGCAUUUGGCCUCUCGCACACCUACAAUACCAAAGUUGGCGAUGACUUCAUUCGCGGCGUAUCUGGAGGUGAAAGAAAGCGCGUCAGUAUUGCAGAGAUGGUUCUGGCUGGAUCACCAUUUUCGGCUUGGGAUAACAGCACUCGAGGUCUCGACUCAGCAACAGCGUUCAAAUUCGUCAAAGCACUUCGAAAUGCUGCUGAUCUGGGCAAUCUUGCGAAUGCCGUUGCCAUCUACCAGGCCAGUCAAGCCAUCUACGAUCUUUUCGACAAAGCGACCGUAUUAUACGACGGCCGUCAGAUCUACUUUGGACCAGCGAGCAAAGCAAAGGCCUAUUUCGAGAGACAGGGCUGGUACUGCCCCCCACGCCAAACCACCGGCGAUUUCUUGACUUCUGUUACCAACCCGGUGGAGCGUCAAGCUCGUCAGGGAAUGGAGAUGAAAGUACCCCGAACUCCAGAAGACUUUGAGCGGCUUUGGCUAGAAUCGCCUGAGUUCCGCGCUCUGCAGAAAGAUCUCGAUCGGUACGAAGAGCAAUUUGGCGGCGAGCGCCAAGGCGAGAGUCUUGCGCAUUUCCGCCAACAGAAGAACUUGAGGCAGGCUAAGAGAAUGCGACCCAAGUCGCCGUACAUCAUCAGCAUCCCAAUGCAAGUCAAGUUCAAUACCAAACGAGCCUAUCAGCGCAUAUGGAAUGAUAUCUACGCAACAAUGGCAUCCACCGUGGUCCAAAUCGUCAUGGCUCUCAUCAUCGGCUCCAUAUUCUUCGACACCCCUAAUAAUACAGACGGAUUCUACGCCAAAGGUUCACGACCAAUUGUUGAAAAACAUGCUUCGUAUGCAUUCUAUCAUCCGGCCACCGAAGCAGCUGCGGGUAUCGCUGCCGAUAUCCCCAUCAAGUUCAUCACUGCCUCGGUCUUCAACAUUAUCCUCUAUUUCAUGUCUGGCUUGAGGAGAACGCCAUCGCAGUUCUUCAUCUAUUAUCUUAUUGGUUAUGUCUCCAUAUUCGUCAUGAGUGCCAUUUUCAGAACGAUGGCUGCAAUCACCAGGACAGUUUCGCAGGCCAUGUCGCUUGCUGGAAUUUUAGUCCUCGCGCUUGUCAUUUAUACGGGAUUUACCAUUACGGUACCAACAAUGCAUCCUUGGUUCAGCUGGAUUAGAUGGAUCAACCCCAUUUACUACGCCUUUGAAAUUCUGGUCGCAAACGAAUUCCAUGGUCAGGAUUUCCCUUGCGGUAGUAGUUUUGUGCCACCGUAUAACCCGACUGUCGGCGAUUCUUUCAUCUGCCCCGUUGCAGGCGCUGUUGCGGGUAGCACGACCGUCAGUGGCGACGCCUUCAUUGCGACCAACUAUGAGUAUUAUUAUUCUCACGUGUGGCGUAACUUUGGUAUUUUGAUGGGCUUUCUCUUCUUCUUCAUGGCCGUGUAUUUUAUUGCUACGGAACUGAACUCGUCAACCUCAAGCACUGCCGAAGCUCUUGUUUUCCGGAGAGGCCACGUCCCUGCCCACAUUAUGAAGGGCGAAAGCGGUCCUGCUAGAACCGAUGAUGGGGUUGAUGAGAAAGGUCUCCAUGUUGUCAAUACUAACGCCAAUAUUAACGGACUGGAGCCUCAGACGGAUCUUUUCACAUGGAGAAAUGUUGUUUACGACAUCAAGAUUAAGAGCGAAGACCGCAGACUUCUGGAUCAUGUCUCGGGUUGGGUUAAGCCAGGCACAUUGACUGCACUCAUGGGUGUUAGUGGCGCAGGAAAGACGACUCUCCUCGAUGUGCUCGCUCAGCGAACUACCAUGGGCGUUAUUACCGGCGAUAUGCUUGUCAAUGGCAGGCCGCGAGAUCUUAGCUUCCAAAGGAAAACGGGCUAUGUCCAACAACAGGAUCUGCAUCUGGAAACUGCUACUGUCCGCGAGAGUUUGCGGUUCAGUGCCAUGCUGCGCCAGCCCAAAUCUGUCCCCAAGGCCGAGAAAUACGCAUUCGUUGAAGAAGUCAUCAAGAUGCUCAACAUGGAGGAGUUCGCCAAUGCCGUUGUCGGUGUUCCGGGCGAAGGUCUCAACGUGGAACAGCGAAAGCUCCUUACUAUUGGAGUAGAACUCGCAGCUAAGCCGAAGCUACUGCUCUUUCUCGACGAACCUACCAGUGGUCUCGACUCUCAGAGUUCUGCGAUCCUAUUCCAGACUUUUGAUCGCUUGCUUUUCUUAGCCAAGGGCGGGAAGACGGUGUAUUUUGGUAAUAUUGGUGACAACUCCCAUACGCUUUUGAACUACUUUGAGGAACACGGAGCUCGCAAAUGCGGCGAUGAAGAGAACCCAGCCGAGUACAUGCUCGAAAUUGUAAACAACGGAGUUAAUGACAAGGGUGAAGAUUGGCCCUCGGUGUGGAAGUCUAGCUCUGAGUUCGAGGCAGUCCAAACAGAACUUGAUCGCCUCCACGAAGAGAAGCUAGCUGAGGGCUCGAAUGUAGAAGAUGCGUCUUCCCAAUCGGAGUUUGCCACGCCUUUCGCAACUCAGCUUUGGGAAGUCACCUACCGAAUCUUUCAACAGUAUUGGCGUUUACCCAGCUACAUCUUCGCCAAGUUUUUGCUCGGUAUUGCUGCAGGCCUGUUCAUUGGGUUUUCGUUUUUCAACGCCAAUUCGUCGUUGGCGGGAAUGCAGAAUGUGAUUUUCUCUGUCUUCAUGGUUACCACCAUAUUUUCCACCAUUGUGCAGCAGAUUCAACCCCUUUUUGUCACCCAGAGAUCGUUGUACGAGGUCCGAGAGCGCCCAAGCAAAGCUUACUCGUGGAAGGCUUUCAUUCUUGCAAACGUAUUCGUCGAGAUACCGUAUCAGAUCAUCAUGGGCAUCCUAGUCUUCGCCUGCUUCUACUACCCCGUUGUCGGCAUCCAGAGUUCCAUCCGGCAGAUUCUAGUCCUCUUGUUCAUCAUGCAGCUCUUCAUCUUCGCAAGCUCGUUCGCUCACAUGAUUAUUGUGGCUAUGCCGGAUGCGCAGACGGCUUCCGCCAUUGUAACCUUCCUGGUCUUGAUGAGCACGCUCUUCAACGGAGUGUUGCAGGUGCCUAGUGCGCUCCCGGGGUUCUGGCUAUUUAUGUGGCGUGUCUCAGUCUUUACCUACUGGGUUGCGGGUAUCGUUGCAACGGAGCUGCACGGACGACAAAUUAUUUGUUCCCAGAGCGAGUUGUCCAUCUUCAACCCGCCCUCCGGCCAGACUUGCGGCGAGUACCUGGCACCGUUCCUCCAGCAGGCACCAGGACAACUGCAGAAUCCUUCGUCCACAACUCAGUGUGCAUACUGCCAGCUUAGCAAUGCGGACCAAUAUCUUGCCGGGUCAGAGAUCUUCUGGAGCGACAGAUGGCGCAACUACGGCAUUGUUUGGGCGUAUAUUGUCUUCAACAUCUUCACGGCCAUUACCCUGUACUAUCUCUUCCGGGUCAAGAAAUGGAACAACCUUCACUUCCGACUUCCUUGGAAAAAGGCCUCCAAGCAGUAA